CUCCCGGCCGCUGUCCUUAGCACCCGUGCACGACUGAUUUGAUGAGGCUUCGGCUACUCGAUCGAGAAGUCGGCCGCUUGGGCACAGCUUUCGCCACCAUCGCUUCACGUGGGUACCGCCCGGUCUGGACACCUGGUAGGACCGGCUUCAGCCAAAACCUUGCACCGCCUCCUCACCCCCCUCGCGACUCACGCUACGCCCAUCAGCAAUUCAUACGCUGUGACUGAGAC